AUGCCGUAUCACUGCUUCGUCUGCUCGGUAUUGGCCCUCCAGUUAUGGAGGCCUCCUGGACUUUAUGCGAUAGACAAAUGGAUCGAAGGGAAUCUGUUAACAAACCCGCAGGAUUCUGCAGUGGAGUUGAGACAAGUCCUGGUCAAUCAAGCCUUUGAGGCAUUUCGCCAAGGAGUGCAGCCAGCAGUACUCGAUGCGCAGCUCUUGACGUCGAACUGGGGUGUCAAGUUUGAGGACGAGAAUUACUACAAGGCCAAAAUAUGGUAUGGAACCAAAGAUAGGAAUGCAUCAGUAGAGCUGGUGAUGUAUAUGGCAGCACGUCUGCCCCAUUGCACUCUGAGGGAGUUCCUGGGAGGCACACACUUCCUGCUGCAACGAUACUUAGAGGAGGUUCUGUUGGAGCUAAUCUCAAAAGAAAGACCCGGCCCAAAAAUUAGAAAGAACUCUCCGAUCUUCGAUGUGCGCCCAGUGGAGACAUCCGAAUUAGGAAUAGUGCCCCAAGCUUGGUGGUCUGAAAGGAAUGUGAACCUGUAA